ACAAAAACAUCCCCAAAAACUCACACCACUACAUUGAUACAAAAAAAAAAAAAAAACAUACCUAACGCCGUCGCUCCGCCAUAAACGAACAGAACGCACCAUCAACUACAUAUGUACUCCUCUAUUGCAGCAGUUUGAACCUACCAACAACAAAACAUAGUGGUGCUGUGUAUAGUUUGGCCCAACGACGAAUCAUCGAACGAACAAAAACGUACGUCGUUUGGUCUUUUGGUUUUCUCUACUUUGCUCUGCUACUCUACUCAAAAAGCCAGCCAAACACGUAUACACGAAUUCGUAGUUAUCCCACUGUGGCAUUGUGGAAGAAACUCCGUCGAACUCAGUUGUCCUCUAUUAUUAUCCUCUCGUCAUAAUAUUAAAGUGCGUUCAGUUCAAACCUUUACCAAACAAAAUUUUGCACCAGUGCUCAACAUCAGCAAAAAAUAUAAAAUUUUUUUUGUUGUUUGUGUGUAAAAUUUUACUCUGAACAAGCAAGUUUCUCUUAAAAAAGUAUAAAAUUUUUGACCCAUCAGACAUCUAGACCAGAAAAUCCCUUGAAUUUUUAUAUAUAUAAAACAUAAAAGAAGAAAUAACAAGAAAAGAUAAAUAAAUACAAAAAGAAAAAAAAUCGUUGUGCGGUUUUAAAGUUUUGUCUCUUUUUUGCGUUUUUCUCUUUAGCGUUUCUUUUUUUUUUAAGUCAAAUUCGAUUUUCUUCCCUGCUGAAUUAUACCUAAUAUAAAAUUGAAGUGUGAGAAAAUUGUUUUUGUAUUUUCUUUUGUGUUGGUGUGUGUGUGUAUAUAUUUGCCCAUUCGUUCAGUCUACACUCUAUACAACUACAUUCUAGCUUGAAAAGAAAGAAAAGAAAAAUACACACGAGACACGGGACAAACGACGACGGCACAAAAGAGUAGUGUGUGGAGUUCUUCUCAUACAACUUGGUGCAAGCUAAAGCCGCCGUAAUAUAAUAUAAAAUUUUUUCUUCUCAACGUUGGCCGUAUACAUUAUUUGGUUAUCUACAUGGAGCAUUUUCAUCAGAUUCAGCAAUUAGCUGCCCAACAGCAGCAGCAGCAACAACAGCAGCAGCAACAACAACAGCAGUUGCAACAUCAAGUUGUUGUUCAGCAGCAGCAGCAACAAAAUCAGCAGCAAGCGCACAAUGAUGCGUCACGUAAUAAUUGCACAACAUCGGGAGUAGCGACACAGCAAUUGUUUUCGUAUAAAAUGGCAAGUAGUUUUCAAAAUCCUGCUACAACAAUGGCUCAAGUUGUUGCCACAUCAAAUGCUGGCAACACUGGCUAUGAUUAUCGUUUAAAUAUGGCUGCGGCAGCAGCAGCUGUCCCCGGAUCGCAAUGGUGGUAUUCAGCAGCUAAUCAAGGUCAAAUUGAUGCAAAUGCAUUGCAACAGCAUCAACAGAAUCAGCAACAACAGCAGCAGCAACAGCAACAACAGCAGCAGCAAGCUCAGCAACAGCAGCAGCAGCAGCAAGCUGCCCAGCAGCAGGCUCAGCAGCAGCAACAACAACAACAGCAGCAACAACAACAGAUAAAUAUGGGUCAAGCGGCAACGAAACAACACAGCACAAUGAUUCGUGGCAAAGCGGACGCAAAACCCCGAGGCAGAAUGACAGCGUACGCGUAUUUUGUACAAACAUGCAGAGAAGAACACAAGAAAAAACAUCCCGAUGAGACAGUUAUAUUUGCCGAAUUCUCAAGAAAGUGCGCUGAAAGGUGGAAGACAAUGGUGGAUAAGGAGAAAAAACGAUUCCAUGAAAUGGCCGAAAAAGACAAGCAGAGAUAUGACCUCGAAAUGCAAAAUUAUGUUCCUCCUAAGGGCGUUGUUGUUGGACGAGGAAAGAAACGGAAACAAAUCAAGGAUCCCAAUGCACCCAAAAGAUCAUUAUCAGCAUUCUUUUGGUUUUGUAAUGAUGAACGUAACAAAGUUAAAGCUCUAAAUCCUGAAUACGGCGUAGGAGAUAUUGCCAAAGAAUUAGGCAGAAAGUGGUCCGAUGUUGAGCCAGAGACAAAACAGAAAUAUGAAUUAAUGGCUGAAAAGGACAAAGCGCGUUAUGAAAGGGAAAUGACAGAUUACAAACAAAGUGGGAAAAUUCCAUUAUCGGCGCCGUCAAUGAUUGCUCAAGCGCAGGCAGCGCAAAAAGCUGCGUUACUUGCUGCUGCCGUACAGCAACAACAGCAGCAGCAACAACAUCAUGACGAUCAUGAUGAUGACGAUGGUGACGGAGAUGACGAUGAAAAUCAGUAGACUUAAGUUCGUAAUUUACUUAAAUUACAAAUAAUAAUUAUAAAAUAAUAAUUAAACUAAAAACAGAUAAUUAAAAGUAAAAAAAAAAAACUGAACAAAGAAAAUAGAAAAAAAAAACAAAACCAACAAACAAUAUUUUUUGUAAAAUAUAAUAAAGCUGGUAAAAUGAAACAAAAAAAAUAAUAAAUUAAAUUUAUAUAUAAUUUAAGAGUUAUAUAAAAAAAAGUAAACAAAACAAAAAAAAACAAUGCUAAUGUACGAUAAUAUGAUUGUAAGUUUAAAUCAGCGACAAGAAUUUUUUUAUAAGUUUAUUUUUUUCCAAAAAACAAAAAAAAAAUACGUUUAAAAAGAAUAUUAAUUAUUUCAUUUUUUUAUACCUUUAAUUGGAUAUUUAAGUUUUUUUUAUAUUUAAAAAACAAAAUAUAAAUAAUUAAAAAAAAAUCAAGCUGACAUCCUCUUUCUCCCAUGAUAUCAAUACAAUAAAAACAAAAAAAAAAAAUGAAAACAAAAUAAACAAAAAAAGUGAAACACAAAAUCAAAUGUUUUUUUAUUAAAUUAUUUGUUGUCUUCAUUCAGUCCGUUUUGUUGGAAGAAUUUUUUCUUACAUUCGUCACAUUUUUCCCCCCAAAUUAAUCGCAUUCAUAUUUUAUUUCCAAGAAUGGUAGUUAUUUUUUUUUUUAAGAAAAAGAACAAAAGACCCCAAACAAAAACUAGUAAGUAAAAAAAAAAGAAUGGAAAAUAUGUAAAUAACUAACACACAAAAACUAAGAACUUUAAAAAUAAACAAAAACAAAAAUAAAAUAAUAAUAAAAAAUGAUUUAUAUAAGAUUGAGCUAAUAAGUAUAAACAAUUAAGAUCUUACAUAAUUCUUAGUACUUGUAAAUAGUUAACAAAAAAAAUAUAUAUAAAUUAAAAUAGUCAAAAAUUACACUGGCGACUUGAACUAAAAAAAAAAAAUAUUCUUUUCGCAAAAAAAUUAAAAAAAAAAACUAAAAAUUGUAUUUAAUAUAAAUAUAAAGUGAGAUGAUGUACAUGAUAUGUGAAGUAUGAUGACAAGCAGUGAAUGUUGUGGUCUUUUUGUACGUAACAAAAAUUAAAAACAAAAAAAAAAAAAAAAAACAAUAAAAUAAUAAUAA